AUGGAGACGUCGGAGCGCCGCGGCGUGACGUCAGCGCCCGCGGCGGCCGGGCCCGGCGGGAUACCGGACCGCGGCGGGAGCUCGGCGGCGGUGGGGGGAGGCGGCGGCGGGCACGCUGCCGGGCCAGCCCGGUACAGCCCGGGGACCCGGGAGCUGCUGAGAGCGAUGAUGGAGGAGUCGAAGCUGACGCGUUUCCAGAGGCGAUACCUGAUGGACUGCGUGAAACGAGGAGGUGCCCUGCCCCUCCAGUGCCACCCCACAUCCAGCAAAGAGCCAGCGCCUGCAGCGCCUGCUUUCUCCCCACCCGUUUGUCAGCCGAGCAGGCUUGCAGCUAAACCGCACCUCCGACCUGCCAAGGUCUGCCAGGCAGGAGAUGCCUACACCCGAGAGAAAUUCAAGCCACGAGCAAGGCGAGAUUUGGAAAAGGAGAAGCAAAGGCUCCAAAACAUCUUAGCGACAGGGAAGGAUGUGGUGGAGCGCAACGUGAAGCAGACGCUGGUUCAGACAAAGGAAGAGGAGGUACCUGAGCCCGACCGGUUUGAAGAAUUGGUGAAUGAAGUUCAGGAGAGGAGGGAAUUCCUGGCGGAGAUGGAAGCUCUAGGACAGAGCAAGAAGUAUCGAAGGAUUGUCCUCACUGAAAUCUCACAGAAAAUGCGUGAGAUGGAGAUCAUUGACAAGAAGAGAAGUGAGGAAAUGAGAGAGAUCAUGACAAAAGACUUUCCUGGUGGGAACAAAUCUGAUCCCCAUGACUAGGCCAAGGGAAAAACACAAGUGCAAUUUGUUCCCACCUCUUCUUCUCAGACUCUCAGCAUUGGAGUCUCAAGGGCUGGUCUGUGCCUGUGCCCGAAGAGGGGGCAGCACCACCCAUUGCCUGAAGCCAGAAGGCAGGAGCAAUUUGUACGUAACUGGUGACAGAAGAAAGCUGUUGUAAAAUCCUACCCACGCACUGGAUCCCUUCUUGCACAACGAUAUUAAA